AUGGCGCAGCUGGAGGGCUACUACUUCUCGGCCGCCUUGAGCUGCAUCUUCCUCGUGUCCUGCCUGCUCUUCUCCGCCUUCAGCCGCGCGCUGCGCGAGCCCUACAUGGACGAGGUCUUCCACCUGCCGCAGGCGCAGCGCUACUGCGAGGGCCGCUUCUCCGUGUCGCAGUGGGAUCCCAUGAUUACUACGUUGCCCGGCCUGUACCUGGUGUCAGUUGGAGUGGUCAAACCUGCCAGCUGGAUCCUGGGAUGGUCUGAACAUGUGGUCUGUUCCAUUGGAAUGCUCAGAUUUGUUAAUCUGCUCUUCAGUGUUGGCAACUUCUACUUACUGUAUUUGCUUUUCAGAAAGGUGCAACCCAGAAACAAGGCUUCUUCAAGUAUCCAGAGAAUCUUGUCAACAUUAACGCUAGCAGUAUUUCCGACCCUCUAUUUCUUUAACUUCCUUUAUUACACAGAACCUGGGUCUGUGUUCUUCACUCUCUUUGCUUACUUGAUGUGUCUUUACGGCAAUCAUAGGACUUCAGCCUUGCUUGGGUUUUGUGGCUUCAUGUUUCGUCAGACCAACAUCAUCUGGGCUGCCUUCUGUGCGGGACACAUCGUGGCACAGAAACUCAGUGAGGCCUGGAAAACUGAGCUGCACAAGAAGAAGGAAGAGAGGCUUCCCCCCAUUAAAGGACCGUUUUCGGAGCUCAGAAGAGUUCUUCAGUUUCUUCUGGUGUAUUCCAUGUCGUUUAAGAACCUGAGUGUGCUUUUCCUUUUGACCUGGCCCUACGUCCUUCUGGUGUUGGCGUUUGUUGUUUUUGUAGUCGUCAAUGGUGGGAUUGUGGUUGGUGACCGGAGCAGUCAUGAAGCCUGUCUUCAUUUUCCUCAGUUAUUCUACUUUUUCUUGUUCACUGCUUUUUUCUCCUUCCCUCACUUACUCUCUCCUACAAAAGUCAAGACUUUCCUGAGCUUAAUUUGGAAACGUAGAGUUCAGUUCUCUGUGAUUAUGCUAGUCUCAAUGGUUUUUGUUUGGAAAUUCACUUAUGUCCAUAAGUAUUUACUGGCGGACAAUAGGCAUUACACAUUUUACGUGUGGAAGAGAGUAUUUCAGAGACAUGAAAUUGUGAAAUAUUUACUAGUUCCAGCCUACAUGUUUGCUGGUUGGGCCAUAGCUGACUCUUUGAAAUCAAAAUCAAUUUUCUGGAAUUUAAUGUUUUUUGUAUGCUUGGUCGCUUCUACAGUUCCUCAGAAACUACUAGAAUUCCGUUACUUCAUUUUACCUUACAUUAUUUAUAGGCUUAACAUACCUCUGCCUCCCAUAUCUAGACUUGUUUGUGAACUAGGUUGCUAUACAGUUGUUAAUUUUCUAACUUUUUAUAUCUUUUUGAACAAGACUUUUCAGUGGCCAAAUAAUCAGGACAUUCAAAGGUUUAUGUGGUAAUAGUAGGAAUAUUUUGAAUUUUAAAAGUAGACUAUUUCUACAACAAAUAACUGGGUAAGUAGAAAUGGAAUUCCUUUUAGGUAAAUUCAGGGAAGUUGAGUGAAAAGCAUUGUUUGAGACCAGCCUAAAAGCCUGAAUAGUAGUCAUAAAGUUGCUUACAGUUGUCUUGAGGAGUACUGGUACUGCCAGCUUCUCUCAGGCGUGGGGACUUUUCCUGUGUGUGUGUGUGCAUUGAGGGGCCUGGGUGAGCUCCGCAGCACUAGAACCAAUUGACUGAUUUUUCUUGUGUAAAGAACAUCAAAAAAAUGAAAAGAAAACUGUUUACAAAUGAUCCAGUAGUAUUUUUGAGUGAAGUGGGCAGAUAUUGCAGUAAAUGUAACUCUAGUCUUAAACUAGAAUGGAUUUACAGACAGCAAAUCAUGAGCUCGAGGCUUUGGGAUACUUAGGAAUCAGUUUUUUAAAUUUAAAAUACAGAAGUGAUGAAGCCAUUUGAACUAAUUCCUGAUUUGAUGUUUAUACAGGCCAAAGAUAAAACAACACCUUUUACAGAUAAUCUUUCUAAAAUACAUUGCUCUGUUAGUUACCUAGAGAUCCUGUACAAAAUGGACCACAAACCUGUGGCUUAAAACUUUUCCUCACGUACUUACAGGUGCAGCACCUAGAUUCCAAGUGUGGCCAGAGCUAGUUCAUCCCGGAGAUGGAAGUCCCCGCUCAGCUCACUCCAGCAACUGUUUGUAGGGGCCUUACAUUUCCACAGGUCCCUCAAGGCUGCCUGUGUCUUCGUAAGGUUGUCUCUACUGUUUUCUUGUUCAGAUAAUACACCUUUGAGUUUAGGGAGCCUCUGUCUGAUUCAGGGUGACUACCUGAAGACUUGGUUAUAUCUGUAAAACUUCUUCAAGUUGGAUCCCAUCCACAGGUUCCAGGUACACAUGAUUUUGUGUGUGUCUGGAGGGGGAUGUAAUAACUUUUUAGGAGAUGUCGUUGCUGAGAUCUUUUAAGUAAAAGUUUGUCUUUAGCUAAGAGGCCAAAAACAAACAAAAAAGAUGUCUGAAUUCUUAUAAUUACAUUUGUCCCUCUUACCCAAUCAAACCAGAAGAACUCAGAGGUGAGAAGUCGUUGGUUUAGCUUUAUUUAGGGAGUAUAAUUUAGGGAACACUAUUGGGUGUGACUCUGGGGUUUUCUUUGUCUGUUGGUUUUGUGCUUACUGUUUAUUCUUUUUAUUAAUAUGAAUUUAUUAAUUUGUUUUAUUAAUGGAAGUUUAUUCAUUCAGUUGUCACUCCCUCACAGACACUGUCAGCUAGUUGUGUGCUGUGACUGGAAACCCAGGACUGUGAAUAAAGCUUACUUUUUAGCCCAUUUUUCUUUCUGAGCUUUACACAUGCAUACAUGUGCAUGUGUGCAUGCAUGCAGACACACACACACACACACACACACACACACACACACACACACACACACACACAUACACACGCACACAAAGGGACCAAAAACUUUGCUUUUAUUGUUGGAUUAUGUUUUCUUGAGUUUUAAAUGUGUAGUAUACAGGUUUAAAAACUACUUGGGUAAAAGUUACAAAUGUCGUCCAGAAUGGUCAGUGAGCACAGACCAUUGCUUUGCUUCAUACUUAGAAGUCAAUCACAACAGUGAUUGAGUUGUGAUCAGAUCAGAAAGCAUACUCCAUUUCUGCUUUCAUGAUGGAUUUAUUAUGAUAGAGAACUAAGUCCAGGAAGGUGAAAUUGCAAACACGUGCACUUGAAUAAAGCAGCUGCUGUCUGCUGCUCUUAGGCCAGGCCUUUUAUAUCUAGGCACACCGAGGGGAUGGAGGAAGCGCUUUGUCCCAUGUGAUGGAAAGAGACUGCUUUUAGAGGUCCUACUCCCUUUCACUUGUAGGUGUUGAGUCACUUGAAUUAGGGGACAUUGUAGAGGUCUACAGGGAGAGAAGAGGGUAUUCUGCACCACUGUCUAAAGUAUUGAAAGUAGGACUUGGCAUUUCAGAACGGAAUGCCGUAGUUAAAAGGUGCUAUUUAUUUUUCACUAUGAUUUUAAAAAUGGAUGCAUGUUGAUACUUUUUAUCAGGUAGAUAGAUGCUCGGUUAAAUUUUCUUGGGCAGUUGCCAGGAAGGUGGUCAUUUGCUGGUGACUUUCUCAGUCUUUGUCACUAAAUGAGGAUGUGAGAGAAAUAAGCUUUGCACAGCAGCUUUUGCUUUGGUUGUUCAAAAUCACAGAUUCAUCUCUGGGAAACCAUUUCGCUUGGAAAGAGCCUUGCUUUUAUAGAUACUGUAUUUCUGAAAAAGUUUUACAUUUUUCAAGAAUUGUCAAGUAUUUUUAUUAAACUUAAUUCAAUUUAUUGAUUAAUAAGUGACUAUAAAGGGGCUCAGUGGUUGAAAGCACAAACCACUCUUGCAGGGGACCUCAGAGUGCUUCCUAGCCCUAUAUAGGGCAGCACACAACCAUUUCGAAUUCCACCUCUAGGAGUCUUUAGUCCUCUGGCUUCUGCAGUCACCUGUACUCCCCUGCACAUACCCUUACUGCCCCCACACAUGAUUAAGUUAACAGUUCUAAAAGGUGAUUGUAGAAAACAUGUACCACCCGCUGAAGGGCUUGUGGGCCAUGCAGUCUUAUCACUCCUCUUCCUAUUGAUUAUUUUAAAGUGUCUCUUAGUCUUUACCUUGAGUUGUUUUAGUCUCAGUAAUCAGUUUAACCAGUUCUACUUUAUGUGAAAAUCCGUAGGCAUAGACUCUCAUUUUCAGAUAUAUUAGUUUGUGUGUAAUAUAUUUUGCUCACAUUUAUACUUUCCAUGGGUACCCCUUUUAUGACUGUGUCUCACUAAAUGAUGUGGAGAGUGCUCUUUACACCUAGUACAUAAUAUUGCAAGAGGAAUUAUUGUUCUCACAGUUAUCUGUGUUUAUCCUGUUAUAAAAUACGUGCUAUAAACAAAUGUAAUUUAUUUCUGGUGAAUAGCUUAGAAUGUGAUAUAUUUCUAAUGUGAACUUAACUGACUUGACAUUAUGUUCAUCAUAAUUGUCCGGAGAGAAGAGAAGGGAUCCACAGCUUUAAAGUAGAAUUCCUAAAGAGUGAACAUAUAUUUUAGGUCCAGUUCAAAACUGUAUUCAGAUAAAAAGAGUAUAGAUCAUCAUUAUCUUUGAAGCAAUUAGAACUUCUUUAAAUGGUUAAAGCAAGUGUAAUGUAUACAAUAUUUUACAUUAGAGGAAAUUAAAAAUAAGAUUGUAGAAAAAAUGUACUUGAUUUUGGUUCCAGAAUAAAAAAGACAAAUUGCUGAAGGACAGUUGUUUUUUCCUAAUCACAAAUGAGAAUGUUAUAUCUGAACUCUAGUUAGUAUCUGAUGUGGGUCUUGCCCAUUUCAAUGAGGAUUCAUGCCCUACUCUAUAUCCAUAAAACUUAUAAACACACCAUAUGUUCUAUAUCAGGUAAAUGUAUAUUGAAUGGAGUUUUCAGCAUAGAAGGAAGCAAAUAUCCUAGAAAAGUACUAUUAUUACUAACCUAAUCUUAGGAAGUAACUCAUUUUACAAUGAGACACCCCCCACCCCUUUUCUGCCUGUUUUCUGAGUGUUAAUUUCAGUAGUGUUCAGUGCAGACAUGCACAUUUAGUUGUGUAUGUACUGCCUACACUAGGGUAUGAUUUUAAUACUAUUUUAAAUACCAAGUCAUCUCAAUAACUAUAAUAGAAGUUUUGACAAUUUAUGAUACUUUAAUCAUGAAAUUUCAACCAGUUAGAAACAUCUGGUGUUCAGCUGUUUUAGCUCUAGGAAGGAAAGAAUUACUUUUAUUUGGGUGCUUUUUAUGUGUUUGAAUUUGAUGGCCAUAUAUUGUUGAGAAAUAUAUAAAUUAGAUACUGAUGACAUUUUUUAACAUACCCAUGAAUCCAGCACUAAAUGCUUGGAAGUUAUUUUUAAAGUAAGUUUUGUGGUAAUUUGGUAAUCUGAUAAUAUUGUUAUAUUAUUUUAAAAUGAGAUACUGAUUGGUGGUAAUUUUUUUGUUCCUUAGACUCUGUUAAACCAAAAGUAGUUAGGGUAUUUUUUUUUUUCAAAAAUGUAAUAUUAAAUACUACAUUGAACUUGCAUUCAGAAUUUGAUCAGUUCAGUUUAUUUGAGCCAUGUGUGUACCACUGUUUAAGAUGAGCAAGAAUGAAAAGAAGAAUUACAGUAGUUGUCUUUAUCUAUCGAUGUUUUACUGGUUGAGAUGUGUCUGUCUGUCUAUCUAUCUAUCUAUUUAUCUAUCUAUCUAUCUAUCUAUCUAUCUAUCUAUCUAUCUAUCUAUCUAUCUAUCUAUCGUCUAUCUGCCUACCUACCUAUCUCUAUGCUGUCUCACUCACAUGGCUAUGAUGUAGAUGCUGAUUUCUUAUUAACCAGUGAAGAAGCUGAACAUUAGGCAUCCCUGGUGACUCUCCAAAGUCUAUUUCCUUUUGUAAUUGAACAUAAAGUUGUGAGCUUUUGCUGUUCUGCCUCAUGGUCAAAGUUAAUUAAGAGAAAAUAGGAAGUGAGGUCUGUACUAGUCAGACCUCUCGUGGCACGGUACUGGAUAACUUACAUGUUUCUGAAAAUGUCAAGUUUUUCAGAGGAACACAAAUAAAAUGACAAAUACUUAAAUGGUUUCAUUACAAGGCAAAUUGUUAAAAACAUUCUUGGUGUUUAACUUAGAACAACAGCUCUUAUAAUAAUAAAUUCUUAGAAUUAUUUGAAAGCAUUCUACAUUGCUUUAAAGUAAAUCAGAGGUCAAAAAAUAUAUUUACACACACACACACACACACACACACACACACACACACACACACACAACCCCAAAAAACAAAACAAAACAAAAAAAACCACUUUUUGUUUUUAAUUACUUAGUCUCUUCAGGGGUAUGGAGCUCCCCAAAUGAGUGUUGUAUUUACUGGAAAUACAAGCCUCAGAGACUUGAGUGAGUGGAUAUAGCAUAGUACCUUUGCCAGGUGUCUCAAAGCCUGUCAUUUAAACCUGUGUUUAUUGCAGCUGAUACUCUUUGGCAAGUCAAUUUCAAGUAUCUUGAAGUAUUCUGUCUUUGAUGUAUUUUGUUUCUGAAUUAAAGUGGACUUUUGGUUCUUGUUACCCUAUUUUUUUAACAAAUUUGAGUUAUACAACCUAGCCAAAGCCAAUAUAAUAUUUCAAUGUACCAAUAAUACAGUAUUUAUCUUACAUACAUUUAUAUUUCUUUGUCAGUGAAAAAAUGUGUUUGUGUUUUCCCUGUAAGUAGGUAAGUAGGAAAGUACUGUCUGUAAAAAAUUGUUAAUGAAGUAUUUACCACGUGAUGACAAUGUGCUACAUUUUGAAGUGUUCUUGUAAUUUAACUUUUUUUUUUUACUAGUCUAAAUUUUUUAUAGUUUUGUAUUGUUUUGAACCACAAAGAUUUAUAAUUAUCCACCCUUGUUUUUUAUUAUUGUUUGUUUUUUAGGAAGGGUCUCAUAAUCCAGGCUAGCCUGGAAUUUGCAAUGUAGCCAGGAAUGACCUUGAACUCCUGAUUCUUUUGCCUCUACCUCUGGUCUGCUGGGAUUACAGGUGUGCUGCCCGAGGCCUAGUUUAUGCAGUGCUGGGGAUCAAACAUAGGACUUAAAGCUUGCUAGGCAAGUGCUUAUUAUACUGGAACUGAAGAGGUUUCCCGAGUUACACGAAGUGAAGGUAAAUGUGAAACAAAAGUCAUUUGUUCCAUAACUAUGUCUCAGAUGAACUGCCUACUGCUGUUGGUGCUUCACCCACUCACUGUAUCUCAGCUGUCUAGUGUUACUGCUUGCCAUGCAGUAACUAAGCAGAGAUUAUUUGUCCACUAUUACAGAGGAGCUGUUUGAGCUUAGGUUAGUGAAUAGGCAGCCCUAGCAGAAUCCCAUGCUCGUUGUUACAGUUGUUUUUAGGAGUGGGGAAAGGACACUAAACCUACCUUCACUUUUGUACCAUUUUAGAAAAAAAAAUUGCCGUGGAAUUACAAUUUAACUACUUUUCUAGAUCAGACAAAUGAGGCACACACUAACUGGCUCUUCCAGAGCAGACAAUCUUCCAUCUCCUGUGUAUCAUUAGUGCUUCAGAUUGUUAUGUGAAUACAAUCUACAAUGCCGGCUGAAGUUUUCAGCCCUGUUAAUUUACAAGGAAGCAGGGAUCGUUGUUAUCAAGUAGAGAUGUAGCUGCUUAAAACUUAAUUUCUCAAAAAGACUCCUAUUUUGGAAAAGAAAUGGUUGUUUUAAAAUGAUCUGUGAUUUUUAAAUCUGAAAGAAUUUGAUCUUUAUUUUAAAAAUUUGAAUAUAUGUUUUAAGUGUGGUUUUUAAGGUUUUACAUUUUUGUUACAUUAAAACUGCAAUGUUUGACUCUAAAA